CGUCCGCAGUGGACGAAGAUGCCUCCUGGAUGUACUUUGGCAUCUUGCUGACACACUACUUACCUCUGUUUUCAGAGCACGGACUUGGGACAGAACAUCUCGUCGGUUCUUCGAUCUACAAUACCAAUUACAAAUCCAACGCAUUGAGGGAUGCUGGGCCACGUCCCGCUCGACUAGACCGGAACCCGAGCACUUAACUCCGCAAUACACUCUUCAUCAGCAACAGUAUAUGAACCACAUCCACCUCAACCACAGAGCCAUAGCAUCACAAUCCACAGUCUACAGUCUACAGUCUACGGCUCACACAGUUUGAACUAUUCUCAUCCCCAAUCUCGAAGUGCUUCCAAACAAUCCACCAAUUCAGCACCCUCAAGAAUCAUGACGACCUACCUGAUAACCGGCGCAACCCGCGGCAUCGGCCUCGAACUCACGCGCCAACUGGCCGCCAAACCCGCCACGGAAGUUGGCCAGAUCUUCGCCGCCGCGCGAUCAUUAUCAUCACCGUCACCAUCAUCGACAAAAACCAGCCAAACGCCAUCCGACUUCCAGGCCCUUUUGAAAGAGCAUCCCUCGCGCAUCACGCCCGUCCCCCUCGAUAUCACCGACGAAGCCGGUGUGCGACGAGCCGCGCAGUUGGUCGAGCAGGCGCUGGAGGGCCGGGGAUUGGAUGUAUUGAUCAACAAUGCGGGGGUGAUGGGGCGGGGGUCGUUGAUGGAGAUGAACGACCUCACAUCCUCCUUCAACGUGAAUGUCAACGGCCCGCAUCUCGUCACGCGCGAGUUCCUCCCGCUUUUGCGGAAGGGCACCACGAAGAAGAUUGUGAAUAUCUCCACAACCCUCGGCUCCUUCGCGAUGCAAUCAGUCUACCGGGAGGCAAUGAGUCAGUCGUACAAGAUCACCAAGGCGGCGCUGAACAUGCUUACUGUGCUGUAUGCGCAGGAACUCGAGCAAGAAGGGUUCGCGGUGUUCUGCAUUAGUCCGGGGUGGCUCCAAACCGAGAUGGGCGGUCCGCGGGCGGAUCUCCCGGUGGCCGACGGCGUGCGCGCAACGCUGGAGAUCAUCCUCAACAAGGGGAAGGAGGGAAACGGGCGGUUUUUCAAUAUCCACAUUCCGGGCUGGAAUUCGGGGUGGAAUCGGUAUGAUGGCGGGGAGUGUGCGUGGUAGGUCUGUUGCGAUUCUGCUCAGUAACGUAGGGGGAAAAGGAUGGAUGAAUGGUAUAGGAACGAAACGAACACCUUUCGCUAUGGUCAAAUGCAGUUUCAUUCGAAUCUACAGAGGCUCCUGCUGCUUAAAGCAAAGGUCGUAGACAAGGAUGCUCAACCCCGAACUUCCCUCGGAGAAUGUUACCAAUCCCAUCCACCCAUUCAUCCAUCCAUCCGAACAAACAAAAAGCAUCACCAGCAACCAGACAGCACUGAGCAACCAAAUCAGUCCCAAUCCCAAGAAAACCGGUUACUGAAUACAAUCCCUCCUGCGAACGUCUCCCACAAACCCGAGCCCUCUCUCAAAAUUAGCCCUCCCC